AUUGCUCUCGGCCCAUCUCCCACAAGCACCUCUCUCUCUCUCUCUCUCUCUCUCUCUCUCUCUCUCUCUUUCUCAAUGGGUGCACUCGAUCACCUCUCGGAUAUGUGCAGUGUUACAGAGACAAAGAGAACACUGCAAAUAAGGAAAAGGAGACCGCUACAGACUGUUGAUCUGAAGGUGAAAAUGGACUGCGAUGGCUGUGAAAGGAGAGUGAAGCAUGCUGUUAGCUCAAUAAGAGGUGUGACGAACGUGAACGUGAACCGAAAGCAAAGCAGGGUGACGGUCACCGGCCACAUCGAGGCAAAGCAAGUCUUGGAGAGGAUCAAGAGCACGGGAAAGAGAGCAGAGCUUUGGCCCUACGUCCCCUACAACCUGGUCGCGUAUCCCUACGUCGCCGGAGCCUACGACAAGAAGGCCCCUUCUGGUUUUGUCCGAAACGCGGCUCAGGCGGUCCCCAACCCCAACGCACCGGAAGAGCAGUACAUGUCGCUCUUCAGCGACGAUAACCCAAAUGCAUGUAGCAUCAUGUGACUCAACUUGCGCAUGGCUGUGAGUGAGCUAAUAAGAAGGGGAAUUAUCUACCGAUUUCUCAGCAAAAGGUUUUCGUGCUUCCUAAGCCUUUCGUGUACUGCUACAUGUAUAUAUGUGAAGUCUGUGGAGUAGUAACAGCACAAAUUGCAGCAGUAUCAAUCUGUCAGACUUCGAGCCAA